CGGGAGGCGCGUGGAGCUCCGAAGGAGCGUGUCCCAGCGCGGAGGCUCGGCGGCUUCCCUCCUCCGGAGGUCGGGCUCCCGCUUUCCGGACCCGCCCGGCGACCUCGCCUGCGGCGGGGCGGGCGGCGGCGGCGCCCGGGCAUGGCUUCGGCGGGCAGCGGCAUGGAGGAGGUGCGCGUGUCGGUACUGACCCCGCUGAAGCUGGUCGGGCUGGUGUGCAUCUUCCUGGCGCUGUGUCUGGACCUGGGCGCCGUGCUGAGCCCGGCCUGGGUCACGGCCGACCACCAGUACUACCUGUCCCUGUGGGAGUCCUGCCGGAAGCCCGGCAGCCUGGACAACUGGCACUGCGAGUCCACGCUCAGCAGCGAUUGGCAGAUUGCUACUCUGGUUUUACUCUUGGUCGGUGCUGCCAUCAUUCUCAUUGCAUUCCUGGUGGGUUUGAUUUCUAUCUGCGUGGGAUCUCGAAGGCGCUUCUAUAGACCUGUUGCCGUCAUGCUUUUUGCAGCAGUUGUUUUACAGGUUUGCAGCCUGGUCCUUUACCCAAUCAAGUUCAUUGAAACUGUGAGCUUGAAAAUUUAUCAUGAGUUCAAUUGGGGUUAUGGCCUGGCCUGGGGUGCAACUAUAUUUUCAUUUGGGGGUGCCAUCCUUUAUUGUCUGAACCCUAAGAACUACGAAGACUACUACUAGAACCAAUAGUCUCAAAUUAACAACGACGACAACCACCACCAUUCAGCAAAAGAAUUACGUCUGCAUCUUUUCUAACUCACUAUUUCCUAAAACACUUGUGGAGCAUCAAGCAGUUUGCUCAGUUGAUUUAAUAUCUUUUGCCUUUUGGCUGUCAACAUCAUAACUAGCUUUUACAUUCAUUUUAGGGACCCACACAAAUUAAGAGAGCCGAUUAGACAUAGGCAAAUGCUGCAAACUUCCAAUAUAUGUUCAUGUCAUUUUCUUGACAAGUGAAGGGUCUAUAUGACAGCAACCAUUGUGAGAAACUAGUUGGAAUGCGAAUUGCCUGAAUCUCCUAUUGCCUGCAGGGGAGCAGCUGGCAUAAGCAACAUUUAGAAGUUUCUUUGCACCGACAAGGAUUCCACUGUUAGAGCCCUUAUCGCCUGUUAUCCCACGCAAUGACUGCAUUGACUGUUGGUUAUUUGCUUGAGUAUGAGUCCUUGAAAAGUGAAUUGCCCUUCAGCAUCUAAUGGGAGUUGUGAAUAUAACUGGUUAAUGGUACACAUUCCACCUUCAAGAAUACUCUUUUUAAUGGGAGGUUAUGCUUUGGCAAUCAGCAUCUCCCUGGGAAGGGAGUCAAGACUUGGAAAUAUGUGCUUUUCCUUAUGUGGUUAGAAAUUGUGCCUCAGACCUAUCUAGAAUGGGGAGAAAUUGAGGGUCUCUGCUUCCCCUGGGGCAACUAGAGAGAAAUGCAUGAGUUGCUUUUGUACCCUUUAAAUCAUUUACCAAACAUUGCAGCAAGCAAUUGUGCGUAUGUAACAAGCUUAAAUGUUUUUAUAGAAGGUGAACCUUUAGUAUAAAUGGUAAUAAGUUGUUCCCUAACCCUCCACAUAUAUUUGCCUAUUACACGUAAAAUUAAUAUUUGCUCUAGUGAAGUGGUUUGAACACUAACCUUGUACACAUUAUUAAGAGGCUUAGAUUGGUAUUCACACUUAUUUACCAUACUAAUGUAUGGUACCUUAAAGCUUUUUCUCUAUGUUUGCUACUGUUUCACUGGAAAGUGUUAAUAGAAUUGCCUAAGAAGAAAAAUUGAAAUGGUGUUAAUCUGAAAAUUAAUGAUUCUACUGUAAGCACUAUAGUUCAAAAGAGAGUAGCAAUUAGGAUGAUCAUUUUGUGUAAAAGUCAUUAAAAUAGAAGGCUGCUAUUUUUUGCAAGUAUUUUAAAUGUCUUCUUUUUAAAAAUAAAAAGGAAUAGUGAUAGAUUUAUAUAAAUGUCUAAAUGUCUCAGUAGAGGAGUAGAAGUCAUCUGAUUGUCACCUGGUCCUCUGAAGUUAACUGAUUGGCUAACUGAUUUGUGCACACAAUUACGAUGGGUUUAUGUUAAGGGAAUCACUUACUGACUGUUCAAAUGGAAAGAAAUACCAAUAAUAGGGAAUAAGUUUGCAACUAAUCUCACACUGCAAACUUGUGUUAAUUCUGUUAAAUAUACAAAUUUGGAUAGUUUUAAUUAUAAACAUAUUUUUAUAUCAAAUAUACAGUUCUAAUAUAAAAGUUAUAAAUAAUUAUUUUUGUUAACAAAGACAAUAAAGCAGUAUGUUCUGGUUUUGGCCCUCUUGCAGAAAGAAGCAUUAGAAAGUUAAUUUAAAAUGGACCUAUGUGUUACUGUAUUGCAAAAUCUGUUAAGAGCAGGACAUAUCAGUAGCAUUAAUAAUUCGCUUUACUUCCCAAAGCAGAGUUCUGCUUUCAGCUUGUCUUAAGAAUGGUUGCCAAAAACAAUAGCCAAUAAAUAAAUAAAUAUUAAAACUAUUUUAUUAUUCAAAUGCUAAAAAACCCCACUUAUGUUAAGAAUUUUAUAUAGACUCACAAAUAUGAAGUAUGAGACUUAUUUUAGCAAUGAUAGACAAAAGUGAUUAAAUACAUCAUAGAAAUCUUUACAAAAGUCUAUGAUUUAUAAAGAAUCAUAAGAAACUAUGAGUGGAAAUAUCCCAGAAAGACAUUAGUAUUAUAGAAUUUUUUAAAGCAAUUUUCUUGAGAAAUAGUAAAAUCUGGGGCAGACUGUCUUGCAGUUAAUUGUGUAUUGUCAGAGCAGCAUGAGAAAUACGAUAUUUGGAUAGGGAAUUCAGCAGCUAAACACCCUCUAUUGUGAGAAGAUGUCUUUAUACCCAAAUAAUGGAAGAACUGUACUUUGGUGCUUACAUCAGUGAGGCACUUUUCUUGGUCCUAGUAGAGGAUGCAGUGUGCUGUUAAAACAAUAUCAUGUCUCAAGUCUUACCAAGUUUUUAUUCUCUGUCAAUAUGACAAGCUGGAAAGUGACAUAAAAUAUGUUAUAGGUUAAAGAACACAUAUUUGAAGUUUACUGAAAAGUAGAUUUCUUAUGUAACUUUUCCCCCUUCCCAGUGAAGAGCCCUAUGCUAUAUUUCUACCAUUAUUAAUUUUUGGAAGUGUUUCAUUAUUAACAAGUUCAGUACAACAUGAAAACUGUUGCAGUACAUCCAAAAUACAAUUUUGUCUGUCAGAAUAAACAUAGUGAAAUUUUCUCCUACAUUAACAUUGUCUUUGCAGCUUUAGGUUUGUUUGAUGUUUUCUUAAGCAAAAUUGUUAACCACAAACCCAUUGUUUAUCUUAGAAAUAUGUAUAUACUCACACACAUAUAGCAUAUUCAGCAGGGCUAGUUAUUUGGAUUUCUUGCACAACUAUUUAGCUUUUUGUAAUUUCAACAUGUAAAUUUUAAAGACAUAAAUAUAGAGAGACCUAUGUGUUUGAAACAUAAAUGAUAUAUAUGGAUUAGCAUGUACCUGUAUAUUAUUAAACAUGCAAUGAACUGACUGGUAAGUGAUGUCUAAUUGUAUGGCUAGCAAUGUAAUUUAUUCAGACUGUAUUUUUGUACAGAGCAGCGCACACUAACCUAUGCCUCUGUGUCCUCUUUAAUGCCUAAAACUGUGCCUAGAAAUUUCAUCUGUCUUAAAAAAUAAAAUAUACUUCAUGCUGUUUAUGCUAUUAGUUUCUCUACUGCUAUUCUGUAUUUAUUAUUUUAAAAUAUAUGACCUGUUUACUACUUAAAUAUGAAUUCAUGGUAUCCUGGUUAUUUUUUCCUAACAGUCAUUUGAGAGAAAACCUGUUUAUCACUCCAGUGAUUUGAGUUUGCAGUUUCACGAUCAGUUCUUCAUUUCAUAAUUUUUGUAGUUGACAUGAAGUUUAUCUAUGUGGAAAAAAUUAAAAUAAAAGUGGUUUCACUGGU